GCCUUGCUUCCCCAUUCCUGGCGACCACUACUUCUGUCUCUGUGAAUUUUGACUAUUCUAGGCACCUCACAAAAGUGGACUCAUACGAUAUCUGUACUUUUGCGUCUGGCUUCUCUAUUUAAUUCUUAAAGGGGGGCGGGAACUAAGCAGAUCACAAGGGAGCUGCCCGCAGAGGUAAAGACAAGGUCAGGUAGGCUGAGAGACGCAGGAAAGCGGGUCAAGGUGUAGGGCUGGAGGGCAGGGGCGGGCCCUGGGCCUGGGCUGGGGGUCCUGCCCCAGGGCGCACCCAGGGCGAGGGCUGCCCGGAGGAGCCGAGGCUGGCGGACAGCUUGACCCUAAGCUUGAGGGGACAAAGGACGGAAGUCUAGGAAACGGGUCUGCAGAGCAAAAAGCACGGGUAGGGGCGGCCUGGCGCUCGGAAAACAACGGAUGGGAGCCGUGUGCACGUCGGGAGCUCGGAGUGAGCGUGAGUUCCGUGCCCAGGCCCGCGACUCGGCCCGCCAGGACAGCGCUCCGGGUGGACGGGGUCCGGCAGCCGCGCUCGGGGAGGGCGCCGCGGAGGGUGAACGGCGGCGUUAGGACCCGGAGGCGCGGGCGGACUGCGGGCGGCGGGGCUAGGACCCAGCGGCUCCGGCAGAGCGGAAGCGGCGGCGGGAGCUUCCGGGAGGGCGGCUCGCAGGCACCAUGACGCCUGUGAGGACGCAGCACUCCCUGGCAGGUCAGACCUAUGCCGUGCCCCUCAUCCAGCCAGACCUGCGGCGAGAGGAGGCCGUCCAGCAGAUGGCGGAUGCCCUGCAGUACCUGCAGAAGGUCUCUGGAGACAUCUUCAGCAGGAUCUCCCAGCGGGUAGAGCAGAGCCGGAGCCAGGUGCAGGCCAUUGGAGAGAAGGUCUCCUUGGCCCAGGCCAAGAUUGAGAAGAUCAAGGGCAGCAAGAAGGCCAUCAAGGUGUUCUCCAGUGCCAAGUACCCUGCUCCAGAGCGCCUGCAGGAAUAUGGCUCCAUCUUCACAGGUGCCCAGGACCCUGGCCUGCAGAGACGCCCCCGCCACAGGAUCCAGAGCAAGCACCGCCCCCUGGACGAGCGGGCCCUGCAGGAGAAGCUGAAGUACUUUCCUGUGUGCGUGAGCACCAAGCCGGAGCCUGAGGAUGAUGCAGAAGAGGGACUUGGGGGUCUUCCCAGCAACAUCAGCUCUGUCAGCUCCUUGCUGCUCUUCAACACCACCGAGAACCUGUACAAGAAGUAUGUCUUCCUGGACCCCCUGGCUGGUGCUGUAACAAAGACCCAUGUGAUGUUGGGGGCAGAGACAGAGGAGAAGCUGUUUGAUGCCCCCUUGUCCAUCAGCAAGAGAGAGCAGCUGGAACAGCAGGUCCCAGAGAACUACUUCUAUGUACCAGACCUGGGCCAGGUGCCUGAGAUUGAUGUGCCCUCCUACCUGCCUGACCUGCCCGGCAUUGCCAAUGACCUCAUGUACAGUGCCGACCUGGGCCCCGGCAUUGCCCCCUCUGCCCCUGGCACCAUUCCAGAAUUGCCCGCCUUCCACACUGAGGUAGCCGAGCCUCUCAAGCCAGACCUGCAAGAUGGGGUACUGACAGCACCCCCACCACCCCCACCGCCCCCACCACCUCCCCCAGCUCCUGAGGUGCUGGCCAGUGCACCCCCACCCUCAGCUGCGGCCCCUAUAGGCCAAGGCGCCAGGCAGGACGACAGCAGCAGCAGCGCGUCUCCUUCAGCUCCAGUCCAGGGAGCUCCCAGGGAAGUGGUCGACCCCUCUGGUGGCCGGGCCACUCUGCUAGAGUCCAUCCGCCAAGCUGGAGGCAUCGGCAAGGCCAAGCUGCGCAGCGUGAAGGAGCGAAAGCUGGAGAAGAAGAAGCAGAAGGAGCAGGAGCAAGUGAGAGCCACGAGCCAAGGUGGGGACUUGAUGUCGGAUCUCUUCAACAAGCUGGUCAUGAGGCGCAAGGGUAGGAGGCAGGGCUGCUGCCCGCCCUGGGCCGGCACAUUGUACUUCUCUCCUGCCUUUUUCUUCCUGUAUUUUAAGUCUCCGGGGGCUGGGGGAACCAGGGUUUCCCACCAACCACCCUCACUCAGCCUUUUCCCUCCAGGCAUCUCUGGGAAAGUACCUGGGGCUGGUGAGGGGCCUGGAGGAGCCUUUGCCCGCGUGUCAGACUCCAUCCCUCCCCUGCCGCCACCGCAGCAGCCACAGGCAGAGGAGGACGAGGACGACUGGGAAUCCUAGGGGGCUCCAUGACACCUUCCUCCCCCAGACCCAGACUUGGGCCGUCGCUCUGACAUGGACACAGCCGGGACAAGCUGCUCAGACCUGCUUCCCUGGGAGGGGGUGUGGUGAUGGAACCAGCACUAUGCGGAGACCAGCUUCAAGGAGCGGAAGGCUGGCCUGAGGCCACACAGCUGGGCCGGGGACUUCUGUCUGCCUGUGCUCCAUGGGGGGACGGCUCCACCCAGCCUGCACCAGUGUGUUCUUCUCUAAAGAGGCUUCCAGAGAAAACGGCACACAAAUCAAUAAAGAACUGAGCAGAAACCAACAGUGUGCUUUUAAUAAAGGACCUCUAGCUGUGCAGGA